GGUAUUAAACUUCUCUGUAUAUCCAAACUCGCGCGACGAUUACAUUUUGAAAAGCGGCGAAAGGGGGGAAAAAAAGAAGUGGUUGGAACGAGAAUGGAGAAGCACGACGGAACUGAGAGCUCGGAGGAAUCGAAAUUUCGCGACAGGCAAUUAUUGGCGGCUUUGGGCCCGUUGCUGUCCAUGCUGACAGUCGGCCUGACCCUCGGCUUCAACACCGUGCAAUUGAUCCAAUUAACAAGCGACGUAACGACGAACGAGAGCAGGGGGGCAGAGGUACGGAUAACGAGCGAAGGCGAGGCGCAUCUGCUCUUCUCCGCCUCCAGCUUCCCGAUGCUCCUCGGCUGUCUGUUGUCGGCGAUCCUCGCGGAGACGGUGGGCAGGAGGAGGUCCUUGAUGAUAAUCUACCCGGUGUCCUUGAUCGGAUGGGCGUCGAUCGGACUCGCGAGUGAUGUCUCAUCGAUCGCGAUCGGGAGGGCGAUCCACGGCCUGGGCGCCGGCCUCUUCACCCCUCUGGCGCCCGUCUACAUCGGCGAGAUAUCGGAUCCAAGGUCCAGGAGCGUGUUCCUCGCCCUGAUAGACGCGGCGAUAGUAUUUGGACUUCUAAUCGUCAACCACCUCCACGCCUAUUUGCAUUGGAGGAUCAUCGUUGGCGUCUGCUCGGCCGUCACGUGCCUCGUCUCCCUCGCGACCCUCGCUUCGCGGGAGAGCCCCGUCUGGCUGAUGAACAGGAAUCGAGCGGGGGACGCGUUGAGCCAAUGGAUCCACCUUCGAGGAUGGGAAUCGGGGAUGGACGAGUAUCGUGACGCGUCGAAACGCGUCUCGAACGCGCGGAGCGGGAACAGGUCAGGGUAUCGCGCUCUGUCGUCCAAACGCUUCUUGUACCCGCUCCUCGUGUCGAACGCCUCGUUCUUCGUUUAUCGAUUCUCCGGAUUAAACUUGGUCGCCGGUCACGCCGUUCCUCCCCUCGUGGAAACGUUCGAGAUGGACGACUCUCACUCCGCCACUUUGAUCAUACUCGGGCUGAGAUCGAUCACGAGCUUGGUCGCUUGCCACCUGAUAACGAAAUACGAGUGGAAGACGUUGAUCUUCAACUCUGGAUCGGGCACAGUGUUUUCUCUGUUCGCGUUGUGGCUCACCGCCCACUUCGACUUACGCUCGUUAUGGUUGAAGGAUAUCUCCUUGCUCGUAUAUUUCGUCUCGUUGGGGAUAGGUCUGUCACCUAUUCCGUGGAUCCUCAGCGGAGAAUUGUUCUCGGGCAAGUUGAGAAGUUUCGGGAUCGGCCUCGUGCUGGCCCUCUCGUAUCUCUGCUACAUCGUGGACACGAUCGUGACGCCGGAAUUGGUGGCAAGGAUCAAGGUGCAGGGAGUUUACGUAAUUUACAGUCUGUUGGUGAUAGUCGGGGUUGCACUCUUGGACCGCGUGUUACCCGAGCCAGGAGGAACGACGAGACUCUGCCGAGGAUAGGAGAAAUGUUCGAAUUUUUCUGGGAAUAUUGGAACGAUCUAGGAAAGAAACAAGUUUUAUAAUAUGUAAUUUUUUUUUUUAUUUUACAAUUUCAUCAUAUAACGAUCGAUCUAUAAAUUUCCCCCUUUUUUGAAUAAUACAUUGUAGUAAUAGUUAUUAUUACUACAUUGUUUGUUAUCAUUGUUUGAAAAUAUAGAUAUUUCAUUAAAUAUAUACGUAUUGAUAAAUUGAUGAGAUUUGCUGCCGUAAAAAUCGAUUGACGUAAUCGAUGCUUAAACAUUUAAAAAAAUAGCAUCGUUUAUUAAUGUGCAUAUUUAAUGAACGAUUUACAUAUAUAAAUAUAUAUAUACAUAUAUCUUAACACGUUCGUCACGUUCAUCAAAUUGUAUGAUAUAAUUAUACAAAGUUGAAUUGAUUAUACAAAGUUGAAUAUAAACUAAAAUUUCUUUUAUACAUUUCUAUAAAAAUUAAUAAAUCGAUAGAAUAUUAUAAAAUUCGAUAAUGAAUUCAAUCGUUCAGGAAUAUUCGAAGAUUCUUCAAAAUUGAAAAUUUUAGCGCCGCUAUUACGAUAGCGGAAAAUUCGGUGUUAUCAGUCGUGCGAUUUAUAAUAUAUAUAAGGACAAUCUCGGGCCAAUUUCCCAUGCGAGACGUGCCCAAAAUGCGUACAAUCUUCAUGAAUGCAUAAUGCGUACACCACCCCUCCGAUUCGAGAAAGUUUCUCGAAUGGAUGGUGAAACGAGAACUAAUGUUUUCUUCUCCUCGUCUUUCUUUCCACGAAUAAUAACGGAAUCUGUUUUUCUUCUAAUUCCUGUAAUAUAAAAUCCUAACCAAUUAAAUAAUAUAUUCUAUACACUGGAGUAUUCAAUAUUCAACUCAUUGAUAUUAAUUGUACUUUAUAAGAUGUCGUUAAUAUGUUAACGAAUUACUAUAAUUUUUUAUAUACACGUGUAAUUUUUCCAAGUUGAAUUUAUACGUAAGAAAAUUUAUUUUUCCUCUAUGAUAAAAAUUAUCAUAUGGAAUAAAUCAAUAUUCAAUUAACACGUAUAAUUCCGCGUCAAGAUAAAUAUGUAAUUUACGCACGUUUUAUAUCGUGUUAUCCAAUCUCAAAAAAAUGUUUUAAAAUGUAAAAUAUAAAAAUUGUCGCAUCGGCAACUUUAUUAACUUUAA